AUGCUGAAGAAGACAAUGGCCAACCAAAGCGCUGUGACCGAGUUCCUUCUCCUGGGCUUCUCUGAGGUGCGGGAACUGCAGAUUUUGCAUUUCAUGGUGUUUCUGGUGCUUUAUCUGGCUGCCCUACUGGGGAACCUUCUCAUCAUCUCAGCCAUCGUCCUUGACCACCGACUUCACAGCCCCAUGUACUUCUUCCUGAUGAACUUGUCUAUCCUUGACCUGGGCGCUGUCUCCAUCACCCUCCCCAAAUCCAUGGCCAACUCCCUCCUGGACACCAGACAGAUUUCAUAUUCCGGAUGCCUUUCCCAAGUCUUUCUCCUCUUGUUCUUCGCUUCAACCGAUUUUGCCUUGCUGACCAUCAUGGCCUACGACCGAUACGUCGCCAUCUGCCACCCGCUGCAUUAUGGAACCAUGAUGAACAGGCGAGCGUGUGUCCGAAUGGUGGCCCUUGCCGGAAGUUGUGGGAUUUUGUAUUCUACUCUGAACACCGGGAACACCUUCGGAUUAAGUUUCUGUGGAGGCCACAACGUAGAUCAGUUCUUCUGUGAGAUCCUCCAGCUCCUCAAACUGGCCUGUGCUGACUCCUACCUCAGGGAAAGUGGGAUUAUUGUCUUUAGCGUGUGCUUAGUCUUGAUGUGCUUUGGUUUAAUAGUGGUGUCGUACGUUCAGAUCUUCAAAACGGUGCUGAGAAUGCCCUCGGAGCAGGGCCGGCAUAAGGCCUUCUCCACCUGCCUCCCCCACCUCAUCGUCAUCUCGUUGUUCCUUUUCCCUGGCAUCUUUGCCUACCUGAAACCCAUCUCCACCUCGGCAUCAGCUCUGGAUCUUGUGGCCUCGAUUCUGUAUUCCGUGGUGCCGCCCAUGCUAAAUCCGAUCAUCUACAGUGUAAGGAACAAGGAGAUUAAAGCUGCCCUGUGGAGAAUGGUCAAAUGGAGGUUAUUCACCAAGAAUAAAAUGUCUGCCCUUUUUCCAUAA